AUGGAUGCAGACAGCGGAUAUGAAAUCAAAAGAGCUCGUGAUGCAAUUCAAAUGAUUGAGACCAUACAGUCCAUGAUAGACGUCUCGGCUAAUAGAUUAGAGGGAUUGAGGACGCAAUGUUCGACAAGCGCGGAGCUGACGCAGCAAGAGAUCCGGACUCUGGAGGGUAAACUGGUGAAGCACUUUUCCCGGCAAUUGGUGAUAAAGGCCAAGUUUGGUGAAGAGCUGCAGAGGGAGCUGCGAGACGUACCGAGCCUCAGGCAAUGGCUCCGGGUGGUCGGAUUGAGUGUUGAUGCCAUUGAGGCUGUAUGUUCGCGAAUACCGUCGUUGGAGGCUUUGCGUGAGAGAUCCGAACAUGAGCUACGCGCGCUUCUGUGCGGGGCGAGGGACGAGGAGGUACGCCGGCUCGGCAGGGCUAUGCAGCGGUUGCGAAGUUACACAGAGGCCUUAGCUCGCGGUGAUGGAAGCGUCGAGUUGCCUCUGUACUGGGACAGCUGGGAGCAACGCCACGGCCGAGGCUCCCCGCGCUCUAGGGAGGAACGGAACCACCACAAGAAGAACUCCGCUCCCAAGAUACAGGGCAAUGGUGGUAAAUCUCCAACGACGCCAGUGAGCAAACGAAAGCAGAACUCACACUUACCAGCCCCCGACUCGCUCACCAAGUCGCGAUCACACGAAUCCCAACUGUCGGUCAAACCUGACGCCUCGGACCACAGUGACAACAGUCAAUCGUCAGCGGUUGGCAACACUGAAGGGUCACCACCUGCCUCGCCAAGGGAACCCGAACCGGAGUACCCACAGAGAAAUUAUAACACUAAUACACAUCAUGGUAGUCCCAUGGGUGGUCCCAGAUCGCCGCGCGUGGGCGUAAACACGACGCCCAUGGUGCCUGUGAGCGUAAGCGCCGUGGGCGGCUGCAUGGCUCACGACAUCGCCCACCGAUUCACCAAAACGUUCAAUAUGAUAGCGACGUGCGAUUACUGCGAUAAGCAGAUGCUCUUCGGUUCAGGGCUCAAGUGUAAGGAGUGCAAGUUUAAAUGUCACAGAGAGUGCGAAAGCAAAGUGCCGCCCUCUUGCGGGCUGCCGCAGGAAUUUGUGAACGUUUUCAAGGAAAAGAUUCACAAAGACGCUGGUUACUACUUAUCGUCGCCCAGCGCUGGCCGUGGGAUGGUCGCUUCUGUGACUCCGACGAGGCGGGCGCGACCGCCGACGCAACAUCAUUACUCGGGCAACCCUGAUUCUUCGUCUAACACAUCUUCGUGUAACAGCUCAACCCCAUCCUCCCCCGCGCUCGCCCCCGCUGCCCCUCCGACACCCCAAUCCCACCACCACUACCAGUUGAAUACAGGGCGGCGGUUUCAUUUCCCAGAUGUAAAACCAACGGUUUCAAGUCCUAACCAUACAUCCGCAGUGCAGUCACCAGCGCGUACCACCGUCGACACAAAACAGGAUCUCACAUCGAGUAUAAGAAGUGAGGGGUCAGGACGGGUGUCUCUCAGCGGGUCCGGCUCUACGGACAGCGGGGGUGCCCCGAGGGAUAAUUCGGUGGAUAUGCCGUCCCACGAUGACCGGUGGCCCAGGCAGAACAGCUUAUCAAUGAAAGAAUGGGACAUCCCAUAUGACGAGCUGAAACUGUACGAAGUGAUAGGGGCGGGGCGGUUCGGUACGGUGUACAGGGGCAGUUGGCACGGCGCGGUUGCGGUCAAGGUGCUACACGUUCACGCACUCAACGACCACUGCGCGCCUUUGGAUACGUUCAAGCAUGAGGUGGCAACAUUCCGUAAGACCCGACAUGAAAACUUGGUGCUGUUUAUGGGUGCUUGCAUGAAGCCGCCGCGACUGGCCAUAGUAACGUCACUGUGCAAAGGCAUGACGCUGUACACACACAUCCAUUUGAGGAAAGACAAGUUCACGGCGAACAAAAGUGUGUUGGUGGCGCAGCAGAUCUCACAGGGUAUGGGAUAUCUUCACGCGCGAGGCAUCAUCCACAAGGACCUCAAAACGAAGAACAUCUUCUUAGAGAACGGAAAGGUGGUCAUCACGGACUUUGGCCUCUUCAGCGUUACCAAGCUUUGUUUUGGAAACAAUGCUCGUGGAGACAGCUUAGGUAUACCAUCGGGCUGGCUGUGCUACCUCGCUCCAGAGCUAGUCAGAGCGUUACGUCCGCACGCGUCGCUACAUUUACCUUUCUCCAAACAGACAGAUGUCUAUGCUUUUGGAACGGUCUGGUACGAACUAUUAUGCGGGGAAUACCCCUUCAAAGGUCAGCCGGCGGAAGCGAUCAUCUGGCAAGUCGGCAAAGGUGCGAAACAGUCCCUCGCUAAUAUGCAAGCUUCGAGGGAUAUAAAGGAUAUCCUGAUGCUCUGCUGGUCGUACCGAGAAAGCGAACGACCCGACUUCCCACACCUGCUAUCAACUCUAGAGAAGCUUCCAAGAAAGCGAUUAGCGCGGUCCCCCUCGCACCCCGUACAUCUGUCUCGCUCUGCAGACUCAGUGUUCUGA